GGAAUUUGAAUGCAUUAUUCAUUAGGUUAAAUAGUCUGUGGCAUUGCCUCACGUUUCUUUCUUCAUUGUACAGUGUUUGAUGUGCAUCUGGGCCCAGUUUAGCUAGUAGCAGCUUGAGACAUAAAAUUAGCAUAUUGUUUCUUGGGGAAUGCCCUUGAAUGUGCUUGAGUAGCUGUCUUUCAUAAGACGUGAGCAGCGUUGUUAAAAGACGGAGAAGAAAUUUGUUCCUGGCUCUGUGAGGUAUCCUCUGUGGCUGGAGAUCCUGUUAUAUCUUAAAAAACGCACCAGAAAUGUCAGAAUCAUUGUUCUGUGAUUAAUGAACCACCUACGUUGGACUGAUUUCUGUACAAGGGGAGACGGUGCUGGUUCCUUCUUCCACUCACAGUUUACAGCAUCUAAGUGGGUAUUUUGUUAUCAGUUCCUCCUGGGAUCAGUAUGAAGCUAAAUGAUGGCCGCCGAGAAGCAUUAGCACAGCCUCUAGCAACAACCACAGUCUCCUCCCUGCAGAGCAAUGCAACAGGGACAGCAGGGCCUGCAACGGGCCAUGACGAUGGCUUCUCCAAGAUAAAGGAAAAAUUUCUGAAUUCCCUGAACAAAAUACCCUUGCCACAAUGGGCCAUUAUCGCCAUAGCUAUUGUUGCAAUCAUCUUGGUACUGACUUGCUGCUUCUGUGUCUGCAAGAAAUGUUUGUUCAAGAAGAAGAACAAGAAGAAAGGAAAGGAAAAGGGAGGAAAGAAUGCCAUAAACAUGAAGGAUGUGAAGGAUCUGGGGAGGACAAUGCAAGAUCAGGCCCUUAAGGAUGAUGAUGAUGAUGAUGCAGAGACUGGAUUGACAGACGCUGAAGAGAAGGAAGCACCAAAGGAAGAAGAAAAGUUGGGCAAGCUCCAGUACUCCCUCGAUUAUGAUUUCCAGAACAACCAGCUUAUGGUGGGGAUUAUACAGGCUGCUGAGCUCCCUGCUUUAGAUAUGGGUGGCACAUCCGAUCCCUAUGUGAAAGUUUUCCUGCUGCCUGAUAAGAAGAAGAAAUAUGAGACUAAAGUCCACAGAAAGACCCUUAAUCCUGUCUUCAAUGAACAAUUUACUUUCAAGGUGCCAUACUCUGAACUUGGAGGAAAAACUCUGGUGAUGGCAGUUUAUGAUUUUGACCGAUUUUCCAAACAUGACAUUAUUGGGGAAUUGAAGAUUCCAAUGAACAAAAUUGACUUUAGUCAUGUGACUGAAGAGUGGCGAGACCUGCAGAGUGCUGAGAAAGAAGAGCAAGAGAAACUGGGUGAUAUUUGCUUUUCGCUACGCUAUGUACCCACUGCUGGUAAACUGACUGUUGUCAUUCUUGAGGCAAAGAACCUGAAGAAGAUGGAUGUGGGUGGCUUAUCAGGUAAGGGAUUAAGCACAUCUCAGAAAGGAGCAAUCUCACUUGUCAAGCUUGCAGGUGACACUGCAACCUUUUUGUAA